AUGCCUGGGGUGCCAUCUAACAAGGCAUGCGAGCGUUGCAAAAAGAGACAUCUCAAAUGUGAUGAGACUCGCCCUCAUUGUCAGCGGUGCACCACCGCGGGGGUAGAAUGCCCGGGGUAUGUUCAGACCCGCAAAUUCAUCGAUCAGGGAGCCACACCAAAAAGCUCACAAGUAGGACCUAAUGAGCAGACCUUGCAAUGGAAUCAGCCUCAGGAGCAAGAUAAUCCGGCUCUUCAUUUUCAGAUGGACUCGAGAGAUGACUCCAUGAUAGUAGAAAUGCCUGGUCCUUCUAACCGCCCAGAGGUUGCUAUGGGGAGUAUCCAGCAAACAACAAUGCAUGCCCCAGAAAGCCCAGCUAUCUCUAUUCACAACUCCAUCUCUGGCAUCGAGGAAGGCAGCGAAUCUUCAAGAAACACAAUAUAUAAGUCAAUCUCACCAACUGCGGCCGCAGGAGGUUUCCCAACAUUUGAUAACACCUACACCCCAAUUCCACAUAAGGGCCCCGAUUACCAAAGGGUCAUCUCCGAAAGCUCAUCACAUCGAAGUGAAAAAGAUGAAUUCCAGGACAUUUUCUCGGAGCUCAUGACUGGAACUGAACACGAGAUCGCGUUCCUCACUCGACAUUACUCGGAGGUCAUAGGUCCAUGGCUAGAUUUGUCCGAUUCUCAAAAAUUCUUCACCGUUCAUGUUCCUAUUCGAGCCAUCAGCAAUCUGUCCGUGAAGUACGCUAUUGCAGCGCUAGCAGCCAAACACCUAGCUCGCUUGAAAGGGGUCAAGGCUUCCACGGGUGGAAUGUUCACGAGCCCUGCGACUACAGAAACUUAUCCAAACGCAACUCAAGUUGACUGGUUCCUCAAAGCUGCCAAUUACUAUUACCUAGGAGCUUCGGACCUGAACAACCUCACGUCCGAUGGCUAUACCACUGUGUCUAGCUCAGCCAUCUUAGAAUCCCCCUUUGAGAUCGUUGGUCGAUGGAUCAGCUCCCGUCAGACUCAAGCGAACAUGAAGCCCGCGAGUGAAGAUCCAAACGACAUGGCGAUCAUUCGAAAGACAGAGGAGCUGUUGGCGUCUGCUACGCUUCUUACCAUGUACAGGCUUUUAGAUAUGCCCGGGGACGAAUGGCACAUGCAACUUGCUCGCAUUGGUCCUUUGUUUGAGUCACUUCUCGGUUUACAUUCGGUAUCAUCCGCCCUGUUUUCUCAUGGUAUUCGGGCUGCCUUCUGGAAUUUCGCCCGCCAAGACUAUCUCGGUUCUUAUUUUACCCGCUCACCUACACAUUUCGACCCAGAGAACCUGCCCCUCUGGCGGGCAGCAGGAAUUUCAAUCAACGACCAGAAAUCCUUCCAUAUUAUCCGGAACGGGUCAACUCUAUCGCAGGAAGAUCAGGCUGCUAAUGGGUUGAUCUGGCUUGUCACGAAAGUCAUCAACUUCCUCGCCAGGUCUAAACAAUUACAGCUUGCGCAGUGGACAGGAUCUCCACCGGCAGCCUCACCCGAAGGCACAACAACAAACGCCACCCAACUGCCUUAUCCGGACACAGAUACCUGGCUCAGGAUAUCUUUCGAAUUUCAAACAUGGUUUGAAAAUGUGCCAGAAACGUUCCGUUCUUCUGUGCGGAUCGAACGCCCCAAGGAUUUAUCAAAGACUGCCGAAGGGAGUUACUUGUCAUUCCCUGAAAUAUUCCAUGGCUUGACAACCUGUGCUGUUGCCAUGCAACAUUACCAUUUCGGGCGCAUCGCAUUAUUGCUCAAUCGUCCGGCAGAUGUGAUCAGUGCACCGUCUACAGCCUUUGACCGCUUACAAGGGUACCGGGAGGUCACGAAAGAGGUCGAAUUCCGUGCCCGUGAAGUCAGCGGCAUUGCAUUGGGUCGCCCCCAAGGUGGAGUUCGCAUAUUCAUGGUCCCGCUUCUCGUCGCUGUCGGGCAGUGUCUUGAAAAUCCCGAGGAACAUCAGAUUAUUGUUGAUCUGCUACGGGGCGUCGAAGCUGAUUUGGGUUGGACUACUGAAUAUGCCAUUCGAAAACUCCAGGAUUCUUGGAAUCAAUGA